AUGAGCGUCAACCAAGUGUUGGUGCCAAUCGAAUUCCACACGCGGGCCAUGAUGCUGACUUUGUUGUGGCGAUGCGCGCUGCCUGCGGCGUCCACGACUCUGGCCCAUGCGAACCGCCCAGUCACCUUUGCCUGCGCGGAGACUGUGCGCUUUGCAGCACGCCAGUUCUCUUCCAACUACGGCUCCCCGUCCGAGACUCAUUCCAAGUCGUCUAUCGUGUGGGUAGGAGGGUUGCCGUAUUCGGCGACAGCUUCCGACAUGAUGCAACACUUUGGCGAAUUCGGAACGAUCAAAAGAAUCCAAAUGCAGGCAAACGCCAUCGGUUCCCCCAAAGGAUCGUGCUUGAUCACAUUUUCGUCGCCGGCGGAAGCAGCGGCGGCUCUUGCGAUGGAUCGACACACCAUCGGCUCGCGGUGGAUGGCGGUCAAGCUUCACCGGCAAAAGAACUCGGUUGAAAACGCCCCCGUGAUCAAGCCGUCUUCGACAAUCUGGAUCGGUGGCUUGCCUUUCAAGACCUCCGACGCCGACAUCCACGAGCGCUUUGGGAGCUUUGGUUCGAUCUCCAACGUCAGAUUCACAGAACGGUACGACGGCAAGCCCACUGGCAUGUGCUACGUCACGUAUUCGGCGCCCGAGGCGGCGGAAGCGGCCGCCGCCUCGAUGAACAAAGCCACGUUCGGAUCGCGCUACGUCCACGUUAAAUUGCACUUCGACCAAGGAACAAUCAAGCCGCCGAGGAAAGCGGACGAUCAGGUGAAGACGGUUCGACAAGAUCAGGUAAACCGCGUGUACUUUGGCAACAUUCCGUUCACAACGACGGAAACGGAGCUGGCUGAGACCUUUGCCUCGUGCGGCGAUCUCAAGGACGUGUUAAUCUACCGCGACAAGAACCAUCGGUCCCGCGGCCACGGCUACGUUCAAUUUAAGGAUGCCGGCAGUGCUGCCGCCGCCGUGCGCGACCUCCAUGGCACAAUCGUCGGUGGACGGGAAAUGUCGGUGGAAGUGCCCAAGGCGAUGCGGGCUGCGGUGGCCGCUGUCGCCACGUCGACCACCGUUCGUGUCACAAACCUUCCCGUCGAUCUCGAAAACGACACACUUCGCUCGAUGUUUGACCACUGCGGCGCAAUUUCGCACCUUCGCCGGGCCAGCGACAACCAGUCCGCGCUGCUUGUGUUUGACAGCCCUGAAGGUGCACAAGAAGCGCAAGGACUGGCGGGGGCCGACAUCGAAGGUCGUGUCAUCCACGUCCAGCUCACAGAAGAGAAAGAUGAAUAGCGUAGGCACACAGGCUCGAGUAGACAGCAAUGCAUUGCAAUCGAGUGCACAUUGUCCCGU